AUGGCGACAACAACUAGCGACGCCACGCCGACGCCUGAGCUGAUGCCCCCUCCGGGCGCAAUGUCCAACUUCGACCACCCAGCAACGUCGAAGGGAGCAAUGACUAUCGCCAUUGGCGUCGUUAUACCGCUCACCACUAUAUGUUUCCUCCUACGCAUGUAUGUCAGGAUUUGGAUCAAGCGACAAUGGAUCUGUGAAGACUGGCUCUCUCUGAUUGCUUGGAUUGGGGCAAUCACUUAUUGUGGCACUGGAGCAGCCACGAUGGUGCACCACGGUGGAGAGCACGAGUGGGACUUGACCCACGCCCAGGUCAAAGAGGCAUAUUACUGGUUGUAUGUAGCCAGGAUCCACUACGGCGUUGCCAUUUGCGUAACCAAGCUCGCAAUCCUGUGCCUGUACCGGCGUGUAUUCUCGGGGCACCCACGAAGCCCGUUCGACGUCGCCGUCGUCGUGCUCAGCGUCCUGCUCGUGCUCUACUACGUCGCCACAGUCAUUGCCAAGAUAUGGGAGUGCAUUCCGCGGGCCCGGGCUUGGGACCAGCUUAUCCCUGGCCACUGCAUCGAAGUACUGAUGCUGGUCAACGUCGACGGCGUCUUCAACGCACUGACCGAUUUCAUCAUGGUUAUAAUGCCGCUCCGGGUGGUCUGGAACCUUAACAUGAAGGUCACGAAAAAGGCUUAUGUCGUGUUGGCUUUCACGUUUGGCAUGUGCGCUCCUGCGUUCAGCCUCGUGGGUUCCGUUGUGCGGCUGCGAGGCCACAAGAACCCAGACAAGACCUGGGUCCAGCCUCAGAUAAUAAUGUGGGCGCUAGCCGAGAUAGCGACAGGAAUCCUCUGCGUGAGCUUCCCUGAGCUUGGGCUGCUCCUCAGGGACGGUAAGCGCAGGCCAAGCGUGGAGGCGAGCACGGGCAUCCGAGAGGGCCGCUACCGCGAACAGGACGCCGCGUUCAACGGCGUGCGUCAAAACCCGUGGACCUCGGGCAAGAGGGGUGGCGGCGGCGGUGGGGAAUAUGAACACGUCGAGCUGGACGAGGUCCGGCUCAUCAAUCGCCCUACAAAUGUGGUGAGCGUCGAGAACAGCCAGGUGCACCAGACCCGUGGAAAGUCGUCCGGGGACGUCGAAGUCACGAGAGAGGUCUGGGUGGAUUCAGCUAGGAUUGUGUAA